AUGUCUGGCGGGCUGGCGACCGCAUGCGGGUAUACAGAGCUAGCGUCUACGGAUGCUAGCUGGCAAUACAUGCGCCAGUCCGUGCGCAUCAGAAGUAGAGUACGAAAGAUCCAGCAGAGAGAGCAAAGGAGACUGCUGAGUGGAAUAGAAGAUGAGGAGAAAGGGAAACGAAGCCUGUCUUGCUCGUCAGCCCGAGCAAAGCACAAGCAUGGAAGGCUUGGCCUCGCACAUGUCUUCCUGUGA